AUGCCUGCACGAACAUCGACUCGAUUGUCGAGGCCGUCCUCCGCCAUUUCGAAGAAGCCCUCGGCAACAACGCUCGGCUCCCGCGCAUCAGGCGUCUCGCGCGCCUCGCUCGUGCCCGUCGAAUAUGUCGAUACGCCAGGGAGCCCACUACGGACGCAGAUCUGCACCGUCUUUCGUGAUGCGCAGCGAACGACGGCGACGCACCGAAAGCUGGCCGUCACGUUGCGAAAGAUGCACGAGUCUUGCAGCUACGAGCCGGCACAUGCCCGCGCUUCGUCGACCGACUUGGACGACGAGGAGGCCUUCAACAGAGAAUUCAUUCGAUGCGUUUUGAGAAUAAUGCCCGUGAAAAAGACGGAAAGCGUUGGCGAAAGGUCGAUUCGAUUCAUCGGCUUCUACCUUCGCCAUUCCGUCGACAAGGACAACGAGAUGAUGGAGAACCCCGAGGCGGACACGAGCUUGAUGCCCGAGACGCCGAGCACACGCCUCACCUCGGAACUUCUCGAGGCCGUCCUGCCUUUGAUGACGGCAAAGGACAAGUUUGUUCGCUUCCGAUCGACGCAACUCAUAUCCCACAUCAUCAACUCUCUCGACGCCAUCGACGAUGACCUUUUUCUCAAGCUGCGCCACGGCCUGCUCAAGCGCAUCCGCGACAAGGAGGCCAUGGUCCGCUCCCAGGCCGUCCUCGGUCUCGGCCGUCUGGCCGGCAACCAGUCCGAGGGCUGCACCAACUCGGACGACAGCGACGAUGACCAGGGCACUGACCUGCUGGACAAGCUGCUGGACGUGAUGCAGAACGACCCAAGCGCCGACGUGCGAAGGUCACUCCUUGUCAACCUCCCCAUCCUCCCCAACACGCUCCCCCAUCUGUUGGAGCGAGCGCGGGACCAGGAUCCGGCCACCCGACGGGCCGUCUACUCUCGCCUGCUCCCUGCCUUGGGGGACUUCCGCCAUCUCUCGCUCUCCAUGCGCGAGAAGCUUCUCCGCUGGGGCCUCCGAGAUCGGGACGAGAACGUUCGCAAAGCCGCCGGCCGACUGUUCCGCGACCGAUGGAUCGCAGACUGUGCCGGCCUGUCCCAGCAAGAAUCAAACGCUGAACCGGCGCCGCCCAGCUUUGAUGCCCUCUUGGAGCUCUUGGAGCGAAUCGACGUCAUCAACUCCGGCGUCGAAAAUGGAGUUGCCCUCGAGGCGAUGAAGGGUUUCUGGGACGGCCGCCCCGACUAUCGCGAGGCCGUAUCGCUCGACGAUAACUUCUGGGAGACGCUCUCUGCCGAAUCCGUCUUCCUUGCUCGAAGUUUCAACGACUUUUGCCGGAGCGAGGGCAAUGGCCGGUACGAGGCUCUCCUCGAGGAACGCCUGCCCGAGGUCACCAAGCUUGCCUUCUAUCUCGAGCGCUACAUCCACGUCCUGGCAGAGGCCCUCAGGAGGGUGGCGGAACGCGAGGCCGACGAGGACGACGAGGAAGACACGGUGGAGCAAGAGUUUAUCGUCGAGCAGCUGCUCCAUGUUGCCUCGACCCUAGACUACUCCGACGAGGUUGGGCGCCGCAAAAUGUUCACCCUUCUCCGUCAGUCGAUUUCCAUCCCCGAUCUGCCCGACGAGGUGACCAAGCUGUCCAUCGAGGUCCUUCAGCACAUCUGCGCUCCGGAUGCCGCUGGCGAGCGGGAAUUCUGCAGCGUUGUUCUCGAAUCCGUCGCCGACGUCCACGACACCAUCGUUGACGACCCACCCGCCAACGAGCCCGAGGACAGCUUCCACUCCGCUAGAUCCGAGGUCAGCCGUGGAAGCACUCCGACGAGCGACGCGAAGCGGGCCGGCGCUGAAGACGCGGACGAGGAAGACGCUCGGGAGAAGGCUGUUAGGGAAAUCGUCAUCAACAUGAAGUGUCUCCACAUCGUCCAGUGCAUGCUCACGCAUGUGGCCGGCAAUCUGAAGGACAACGCAGACCUCGUCUCCAUGCUCAACAACCUCGUCGUUCCCGCAGUGCGCAGCCACGAGGCUCCCGUUCGUGAAAGGGGGUUGCUAUGCUUGGGAUUGUGCGCCCUCCUGGAUCAAUCGCUGGCCGAGGAGAACCUGGGCCUUUUUAUCCAUUUCUUCACCAAGGGCCAUACGGCGCUGCAGAUUACUGCCCUGCAGAUUCUGACCGACAUCCUCAACGUUCAUGGGGCUCAGCUUCUCUCAUCCACCCCUGGCUUGCUCAAGGUCUACCUCAAGGCCGUCAAGGGCGGUUCUAAAGCGCCCGAGGUUCAAGCCGCGGCCACGAUAGCAGCAUCGAAGCUUCUCUUGGGGCGCGUCGUUACUGACGAAGGAGCCUGCGAAGAGCUUCUCAAGUCCCUUGUCGUCGCUUACUUUGAUCCUGCUUCUGUCUCGAACCAGACCGUCCGACAAGCCUUGAACUAUUUCCUGCCAGUCUUUUGCUACUCACGUGCAGAGAACCAGGACCUCAUGCGCUCCAUCUCCCUCCCAGCGCUCCACUCCCUCUUAAACCUACGCGAAGGUUUGGAGGAUGAUGACGUGGACGUCGAAGAGGACAUGGUCAGCAUGACCAACAUUGGUGCUUGCCUGGUGGACUGGACGGAUCCUCGGAAGUGCUAUGCUCAUAGCUUCCAGCAACAGCUGGACGGAGAGAAGAAGAAUGUCAACGGAGAUGUCCAUCUCGACUUCGGCCGAGACGUUUUGGAAAGGCUGCGGACCGGGAUAAGCAAGGAAGAGAAAAAGAUUGUCGCAGGCCUUCUUGGCAAGCUUCAUAUCUCGCCUGGGUCUUCCGAAGAAAAGAUCCGCGCGCUGUACGAACAAGUCAGCGAGAUGGUCGACGAAGGACUGAUUGUAGAUGCCACCAGCCGCAACGCCCUAUACAAGGUCCACGUAAGCCUCGGCAAGAUUGUCAACAACCUCGACGAGCAGCAGCUGCCGAACCGGCGUACCAGCCGCAGCGUGUCCAUUCUUACAGACAGCAAGUCUGCCGAGGGCAGGACCAUCAUCGACGAGCCGACGAUCGAAGAAGGGGACGAGGAUAGCGGGGAGGGAACAAUUGUCCCCAAGGAGGAAGAACGGGAGUCGCUCGUGAGCGAGUUGCUGUCAGACGAGGAAAAUACUAGGAUGAGUAUCGUCUGA